AUUCUGCUCAUAUAAGCAACGCAUCCACAGUUUGUAUUCCGCUGCAUUCUGUAUUAAUAUCAAGUAGAAAUCUUAUUUUUACAUAAUAUUCAAGAUGGAGGAUAAAAAUAGUAAACAGUUCUCCCGUACCAUCGAUUCUACCGUUCAAAAUAAUAACGACGAGAUCGACUUCGAUGAGACACCUACACCUUCAAUAGCAUCAAUUGUCACCAAUGAGGAAUACACUCCCUCAUCAGCGUCAAUACGAACCAUCUCCGAUAUUGAGCAUUGUUAUCAAUUAGUUGGCAAUGUCAACAUUAUCAAUCAAAUGUUUAUGUUAAACAGUUAUAUUCAUUCGAAAUAAGUUGCAAAGUGAACAGUUUGCAGGGAAGUUAAUCAAGACGUGCUUUGCAUCUGCUAUACGGAAAGUUACGACUUUUUGGCGGCAGGGCUGUCGGACGGGAACGUAAAGUUCUACAAAGUUAGCUCAGGAGAGAAUACGUUGAUUCUGUGCGAUGCGGAGAUGAUGCAGAAUCCGGCUCCAGUGACCGCUGUAAAGCAUCGUCCAGUGCGCAGAACACAUCCGAUCACUCAUACUGUGAUAGCGACUUAUGCCAAUGGCUGCGUUAAAUGCUGGCAUUACCCAACCGCGCAAUGCCUUUACACGAUACGAGAAAGACGGCAAACACUCGGUCUAGCUUACCAUCCUCAAUUACCAAAGUUCGUCACUGUCGGGGACGAUACGAUUUUAUAUUUAUAUGAUGAAGAAACUAAAACGCGCGAAAGAGUGUUUCGUGGAAGUAAUACACCGGAUGUCAUGGAUGGUCAUAAAUCCAGAGUCUUCAGCGUUUGCUUCAAUCCUAAAUCUGCAUACGAAUUGAUAAGUGCUGGCUGGGAUGACACCAUCCAAUUCUGGGAUACCAGACAAGCUCAUUCAUUUCGAUUCAUAUCGGGUGUACACAUGUGCGGGGACGGCUUAGACAUCAGUAGAAAUGGGAAAGAGAUCCUUACUUGUUCCUGGCAAAGGAAUAAUCCUUUACAAUUGUGGGAUUACGGUAGCGGCAAAUUAAUCGCCACUUUGGAACCAGACAGUUAUUCUUCUUUAUUAUACGUUGGAAAAUACGUAACACAUAUCUACAUUGCAUGCGGUGGUUGCGAUAAUAAUCUUUUCAGAAUCGUUGAUCUACGAUCUCAUUCUACUGUAGCUAUGAUCAGAAAUUUAAAGGGCGGUGUGUACAGUUUGGAUGUCGGCCCGUUAGAAUCAAAGUAUAGUAAACGAAUUCUUCCGAAAUUCGCUUUCUGCGCCGGAACAACAAUUUUCGAAAUAGAUGCCCAGCCUGACUGAUUGAUUUGUGACAUUUAUCUUCGACACGAUUUCAAGCUUGAAAAAAUAUGUUAUUUAUUUUACAGUUUACAAAUGAUUUC